AUGGCUACCUCCGCUUUGCAGUAUGCUGGACUGGCGCUUGGUGGUGUUGGCAUGGUGGGCACGAUGGCUGUCACCAUCAUGCCUCAGUGGAGAGUGUCUGCCUUCAUUGGAAGCAACAUUGUGGUUUUUGAAAAUAUCUGGGAAGGACUGUGGAUGAAUUGUGUAAGGCAAGCUAACAUCAGAAUGCAGUGCAAAAUCUAUGAUUCUUUGCUGGCUCUCUCUCCGGCUCUACAGGCAUCCAGAGGACUGAUGUGUGCUGCUUCCGUGCUGUCCUUCCUCACCUUCAUGACAGCAGUCCUUGGCAUGAAGUGUACCAAGUGCACUGGGGACAACGACAAGCUGAAGGGUCAUAUCCUGCUAACGGCUGGAAUCAUGUUCAUUAUCACAGGCCUUGUGGUACUCAUCCCUGUGAGCUGGGUUGCCAAUUCUAUUAUCAGAGACUUCUACAACCCAAGAGUGCAAAAUGGCCAAAAACAUGAGCUCGGAGAGGCCCUCUACAUAGGCUGGACCACGGCGCUGGUGCUGAUAGCUGCAGGGGCAAUAUUCUGUUGUGUUUCUUGUGUCAGCAAAACGAACAGUAGCUACAGAUACUCCAUACCUUCCCAUCGCACAACCCCGAGGAGCUAUCACGUGGAAAAGAAGUCACCAAGUGUAUACUCCAAAAGUCAGUAUGUGUAG